AAAUAUUGCUGCUUUUAGUGUGCUUGGUUUCAUUGUGGUGGCUGAGUUUCAUCGCUGUCUUUUGAUCAAUCACUUGUGAUGUUUGAGUUGACUCUUUGCUAGUUUAACUGUUUCAUAUUGUAUCUUAAAUAGACAGACAAGCUGUCUCAAUUUGUGAAAUUCAUUUAACAUUUUUGUUUCAAAGAAUGCUCAGUCUGAGUAAAUAACUUUCCAUUAUUCUUUCUUACUUAUUCAGAACGAAUAAUCCCGCUCAUAAUCAAAUGAUAAUCGUAAUAAUUUAUGAUUUAAACGACUGCACGUACACAAGUAUGAUAAUAUGUUCGGAUAAGCAUAGAAUCAUAUACUUGUGUAUAAUGUCGGUAGCUUCAAAGCAUAAUUGAUUCGUGAAACACUUUUGUUUUCUGUGUCCACCCCGAUGAGAUGAAGUGUUAGCAAGAUUAUCCAGAUAAUGCCGCGUGGUUUGAGUUAAUUGAAGCAGAAAACACUUUAUUCACGCAACAAUGCAUUUUGUUGCGUGGAUUUCUUAGCCCUUAAUUCGCCGUAUUUUGGUCUCCAUUAUGCAAAUUAAAGAUUCGCACUCGAUACAUUAAGUAUCUUUUGAAUUCAAGUUUUUUACAUAACUUUGGUGAACUUUUUGACAGAACGGGGCAUUGUUUUAUAAUUGCGAUAUUUAACCAAGAAUUUACCGCGUUGUAAUAAAUUUUGGGCUUUGGAUAAUAUAUCACAGCUGGUCAUGGAGUGAAUAGAAUUUCCCUUUUCACUCCAGUACGGCUUCCUUCCUGGUACCUCAGUUCAGCAACUGUUAGGGGAUUUAAACUCGACUGCAGGACGUUUAGAUAACUUCUUACAAUAUCCUGGUAUAACUGUGAUCAUCUUUAAAUCACGGUGUAUACUAUAUAGGUGUCGAAGAACUGAAAGAAAUGGGUGUUCAGAAGAUGGGUAAACGGCUGCUAGUGAUAAAGAAGCUAAAAGCACUCAUGAAUAACGGACAAUCUGGACAAAGUGACUCUGGUGUAGAGGCUGAAGGUGGAAGUUUCUCCUCUCCCGACUGUUCCCCGAAACCUCCCUCUGAGAAAUCCCUCCACCCCACCACCUCCAGUCCCUCUCCUCGUCUCUCUCCUCCUCUCACUCGUACCUCCUCCAGUCCUCUCCACUCCGCAAGCAGUCCUGGAAAAGCUCUCCUCUCUUCUCCUGCCUCCCCACUAACACACCCUCUCCUCCCCUCCUCCUCCCCCUCCUCUCCUCCUGUCCAGAUAAAAAGGAGUCCUAUCAGCUCUCCUCCUCUACAUCUCCUUACUUCCUCCUCCUCUAGUCUGGGUCUUAUCAGUGCCAACUCUCCUCCGGCUAUGAGUGUUAUGAUGAACAUCGCCUCCCCUCCUAAACCGAUGAUACCGACUCCACUGAACCCCAUUAUCAGUAGCCCCAGCAAUGUUAUACGAGCUCCUAUCGCCCACAUCCCCUCUCACCUGGAUUUGUACCAUGUUCCUAAGAGGAUGAGACUGUCACCUCCCAGCUUCGCUCCAACUAUGCUACACUCCACUGUCUCCAGCCCGAUAAACGGAUCUCUAGAAGAGGCACUGUCUAAACUUAACAGUUACUCUGAUAUGGCACGAGCCCUUUCUCAACACUCCUUAGCUUCUUCAGUCAGGUCUCUACUGGGAGUGGCCGCCAACCCAGCUGAUAACCAUCAGAAGAUCCUGCCCGGACAAGUCCUGAAACCCAUCCCCCAGAUCUCCUCGGUAACGGGCUGUUACCGUGACAACGACUCCGCACGUGAUGUGUCACGUGAUGCUGCCUCACUUUCACCCGUCAGUGCUCCCUCUUCCACGACGCUCAGUGACAUGAUGCUGGACAUAAAACCGAGCAUGAUAAACAACGUGAACAGUAUCUUCUCUAAAGUUAGGGCGGCGGAACAGCAGGAGAAGAUAAGCUCGACAGAUCACACGCCCCCCACUAUCAGCGUUGGAGAUAAUAUCUUCCAGGUAAACUGCCGAGGGAAGCUGACCCGUGAGUCCCAAGAGCGGCUGAAACAAGUGAACCCCCGUCUCCACUCCCACUACCUCACUAAGAGGAACCUGAUCAAAAGAGCUUGUAGGACUGUCUUCAGAGACCCUCCUCCUUUCUUUUAUACUGAUGCGGACCGGAACUCACAGGAAGACCUCCAAGUCCUCGAACAGCUCACAGAGAAACUAGCCCCAGUCUGCUGCAUCCCUGAGCUCUGUUUCGGAAUACAAGGUAUUCGUAACCAUAUUAUAGACUCGUGCAGGGAACGCAGACGAGAGUGCAAGCGUCAAAGCUACCGUCCCUCUAAAGCCCGCCCUGCUGGGCACCUCUACAACAGCGACGGGACACAUAUCACCGACCCGGACGGACAAGGCGGACAGAAAAUGGACGAAGCAAACGAUCUGCCCUACACUUUAUCCCAGGACAGUGCCGACUGUAUUAUCAGAGUCCUGUUUAACGUGGAGAGCGUGUAUCACGUUAGGAGGAGUGUGCAUCUUAUCCCCAUCACUAAGAGAUUGGGGCUGUCCCAGCGUGUCGAUAAGAACUGGAUGAUAAUGGCGAUAGCACAGGCCCUGCUUAAUAAUGGGUAUAUCACCUUCAAGGCUGGCGUGGAUCUGGAGCAUCUGGGACCGAGUGAUUUCUAUUUGGAUGUGCCGGAUGAGUUGACGUGCACCGCGGAGGAGAUUGAUGUUAACUGAGGAGAAAGAUCUGGAAUUAUGAGAUUAUUGUUGCUAUGGUGAUAAACAAGGAUUUUGAGAUUUGUCCAGGAGAGAUUGGAAGGAUUGUGAUGGAAUCUCAGGAGUUCUGAUGUUGAAUUGAUGAACAAUGUUGUGAAAAUGAAUGGAACUAUGUUGAUAACGAUUGAAGACUUUAUUUGAUUAUUUGAUUCCGCUGAGAAGAUAAAUGGACUCAACAAUUUGCUGUGAGAUUUAUUAAUGCUGCUUUAUUAACUGACUUGUUGUACAUAACAAUUUAUUUGAUCUAAAGUUUAUUUAGAAUUUCUCUUUUAAAAGUCACGUGAUGAACCGGCUGAUGCUAAUUUUAUCUUUAGUCACGUGAUGUGACGUCAUGUCACGUGGUGUGACGUCACGUCACGUGAUGUGACGUCAUGUCACGUGGUGUGACGUCAUGUCACGUGGUGUGACGUCAUGUCACGUGGUGUUUUUCUCUGUUGAGCAAGUUAUUACAUUGUUUCUUAAUUUCACUUUUCUCUCGUUAAUUAUAACAUUGACAAUUAUGCGCUCGUAAUUGUGGCUUGAUCCAUUUGUCAAGUUGUGACUGCUUUUAGUUUAAUUUAAGUUUAUCAAAUUAUUGAUUUAAGUCGGAAAUCAUCUGUAUUUUGAUAUCUAUCUGAAAACAAUAAAUUCUAUUAGCAUAGAUUAUAUUUAAAUCAUAUUUAAACGUGCCGCCAUCUAUUUUCACUGUUCGAUGACUUUAGUCUGAGAUAUAAAAUAUUCUUUAGUACUUUGACGAGACGCUAACUUAUUGGAGCGCACUUUUAAAUUUGAUAAAUAGUGCUAUUAUUACUAAAUACUAAUUAGUAAUUAGCGCUCAUUACUUAGUUCUGUUGUUAUUUUGAGGCUGUAUUUGAUGUUUAUUUGUUGUAAUAUGUAAAUAUACCUUAUUUUACUUGCGCUAUGUUA